AUGGUCAGUAUAUUGUCAUCAUUUGUUGACAAUCCAAAACAUGUUGCGUGUAUACUUGUAAUAUACAUUGUCAUGUCGGAUAUGAGUUUCUUUGGAAAUGGAUGAUGGUGGAUUUGUGCCGCAUACUUUCGCCGGUCAGCUGUAUGUUAGCUGCAGGCUAGGUUCCAGCGUGGCGAUAUGGCGCUCAAAGGCCUACCUCAACAUUUCCAAUUGCAUAAAAACAUGUUUGUUGUAGAUGUCAGCCUAAAUGCUGUGUUUAGAUGGUACGAGGUAGACGGCAAACCAGAUGUCAUUGUUUUCAAUAAGAGCACGACGGUAAAUGCCAUCAACCGCCAUGGUAAACGGGGCUUACCGCCAGAGUUAAAAUAUUUCAACUUUUGCCGUCUUGUUUUCUACCUGAUGUUGAUUUGUACUGUUUGUUUACUGAAAUCCCCAUAGUAAUGCAUACGGUAGUGUUGACUUGCUUUUGCCUUCACAAUCUUUCUUGUCCCGACUGGUAUGACGGUUUUUGCGUCUGUCGUCUUAAGCUGCAGUCAUUUAUGUGGCACUGCGCCCAAAAAAGAAAUGGAACAUAAAAAAAAAAAAGUCUGCCGAGGUGCACAUUGAAUAUGAUGGAACAGUCUACAUUUUAUUUUUCCUCUGCAAACAAAACAAGUAAUGGAUAGAAAGUCAGACUACCCCAUAUUAGAUACCUAGUGGGCGUGUUGUGUUCUGAGAGAAAUAUUCCUCUAGAGGCGCAUUCAAAUUAUGAGUCCCAUGAGGAGGGAAACAUGCAUUCGUACAAGCAGUCAAUGCACAGCUAUUCGUCGCUGUCGCUGGGAAAACAGCAUUUUUAAUGACAUUUGUUAAGAUGGGGAUCCCAGCUUUCCAUUCUUAAUGUAUUUAUUUCUCAACUCCUAAAUAUCCACGUGAGGUGUACCAUUUUAAACCUGGAAAUGUUUAGCAACAUCAUGUUAAGCACAUUAUGCUUUGCAAUGUGCAGUAAUUGCAUAGGGGAGAGUGGGGUUAAAUGUAACAUGGGUCAAUUGUAGACUAACUUGGGGGUAAAACGCCACCCUACCAGAGUCAUUUUGGAGUGACUUAAAUUGUGAUGAGACAGAUUACAUAUUUUGUUGAACAAGAGUAGUGGCAACCAGGGAAAGUGUUGGGGAGGGGGGGGGAUGGUGACGUGAGGUGGUUUCUGUGUGGAGCACAGGCAGGGGGCGUGUUACCCCGGGUGGCGGUAGGCCUACAUUAUAUCCACUGUUUUUAUGCAUGUUUUUUGGGACCCAGACCCCCCUCCCCCUUUUACCCCCACUGCAGCAAAAAAAAAUCCCUGAGGAAACACUGGUCAUCCUACUAAUCGCUCAUAACCAUGAAAAAGUAAACUGGUUAAGGUAUGAAGCUGUCAGUUGAUAACGUUCCUGUUGGAAGUGCUAGAUACAGACAAGCUAGGUAGCUAAUUGCAGUGCUGCAAGUUUUUGCCACCAAUCGUAAGAAAGUUUCCACAUCAACAGCUCUAGAUAAGUGUCAUGGGAAGCUAACACUGCAGAAAUAUGUAUUGCGUGUUUGCUGACACCCCUUACCCUGUCGCCAGAAAUCUGCAAUGGCAGCUGUCUCACCUCUCUCUCUCUCUACAGGGCUUUGUGAAAGGUCGUUAAAAGUAAGGCCUACUUCAAGAGAUACCAGGUGAAAUUCAGGAGAAGGCGAGGUACAUUUUUCUUGAUAUGUAAUGCACAUUCACUCACCCUUCAUAUAUCAUACUCUCGCCAACCACUGACUCAAUAGAUUGGAGAAUAAACAAUGUAUUGGCUAUUUGAUUUUCAUGGCAAAUGCUGGCAUACUAACCAGUUGUGUGAAUUUGUGUUAAAUUCACUGCUUCUUGAUGAUGAUUCCAAGAUCUCUGAGCAAAUUGUAGUUGGUCCUUCAUUUGCGACGGCUGAUGUUUUUUGUUCUUUCAAGACGGGGCUGAGAGAAGCGAGGUGAAUUAACUUCUAGAAGUGCUGAAGAUAAACAGUCAAGUGAUUGGCUAUAUCCUAUUGGCGAAUUCUGGCAUACUAACCAGUUGUGUGAUUGUCUUUGACAGAGGGGAAGACUGACUACUUUGCCCGUAAGCGCCUGGUCAUACAAGACAAGAACAAGUACAACACGCCCAAGUACAGGAUGAUCGUGAGGUUCUCCAACAGAGACAUCUGCUGCCAGGUGAGUGCUAUGGAGGGCUGCUGUGUGCAGGCUUUUGUAACAGCCCAGCACUAAGAAUCUUGCUAACUUUUUUUUUACCACAUCCAGACCCUCACCACUUCUAUCUCUGUUAUCUCUGUUUCAGAUCGCUUACGCCAAGAUUGAGGGAGACCAGAUUGUCAGUGCUGCCUACUCCCAUGAACUGCCCAAGUACGGCAUCACCGUGGGACUGACAAACUACGCUGCAGCCUACUGCACAGGCCUACUGCUGGCCCGCAGGGUAAGGGCCAGACACACACCCUAAUGCAUGCUUACAACACAAUAACCCUAAUGCAUGCUACACCCCACACCCUAAUGCAUGCUUCACACACACACACCCUAAUGCAUGCUUACACAACACACACACCCGUAAUGCAUGCUUACAACACACACACCCUAAUGCAUGCUUACCACACACACACACACCCUAAUGCAUGCUUACACAACAACACACACCACCCUAAUGCCUGCUUAACACACACACACACACACCACCUACUGCAUGCUUACACACACACACACACCCUAAUGCAUGCUUACACACACACCCUAAUGCAUGCUACAACACACACCCACCCCUAAUGCAUGCUUACACACACACACCCUAAUGCAUUGCUUACACACACACACCACACCCCUAAUGCAUGCUUACACACACACACACACCCUAAUGCAUGCUUACACACACACACACACCCUAAUGCAUGCUUACACACACACACACACCCUAAUGCAUGCUUACACACACACACACACACACCCUAAUGCAUGCUUACACACACACACACCCUAAUGCAUGCUUACACACACACACACACCCUAAUGCAUGCUUACACACACACACACACACCCUAAUGCAUGCUUACACACACACACCCUAAUGCCUGUUAUGCUGGUAUGGGGAUAUUCUUUACCUGCUUUUACAGUCGUGUAGACUCAGUGAAAGCGCAGUGAAUGCAAUUAAUUUUCAGUGUAUCAAGCUUCUAUUCAUUUGAGGAUAUAAAUUGGCAACAGAGAUUGCUGCCAAAUCUUAGACCAAUUUUUCAUUAGAGAAAUGCAUUCUUUCGCUCCUCCUCAGCUGCUGAACAAGUUUAGCCUGGACCAGGUGUACGAGGGCCAGGUGGAGGUGACGGGAGAUGAGUUCAACGUGGAGAGUAUAGACGGCCAGCCGGGGGCCUUCACGUGUUUUCUAGACGCCGGGCUCGCCAGGACGUCGACGGGAAACAAAGUGUUCGGAGCACUAAAGGGCGCUGUCGACGGUGGCCUCUCAAUUCCUCACAGGUUAGUUAAGUGCAAGCAGAAUAUGUAUCCCCUUUAUUGCCCAUCUAGGACCUGAAGUGUCCUAUAUGACCAACACAGAGGGGUAAAUUAUUGUAGUUCUCUCAUAAACCUGCAGUGAAGGCUGAACUCCUCACUGCGGAUCCUGUCGGGAGAUACAAUGUGUCCAUGUCUCUUCUCUUGCCCUUCAUCGGAAAAUGUUUGUAUAAUGAAUGCCCAAGACUAACUAUCAAUUCUGUAUUAAGACAUUUCCUUUGUCGUUUUCAAAUAAUGUGAUUAUGAAAAACAUUGACUAUUCAAAUCAACCAAAGUAAUCCAGUGUGGUAUCACCAUCUCCUCUCUCUCUCCUCAGCACAAAACGUUUCCCAGGCUAUGACAUGGAAAGCAAAGAGUUCAACGCAGAGAUGCAUCGCAAACACAUCAUGGGCAUGAACGUGUCUGACUACAUGAGUUACCUGAUGGAGGAGGACGAAGACGCCUACAAGAAACAGUUCUCCCGCUUCAUAAAGAACGGAGUCACGCCAGACACAGUAAGGCCGUUUACACAGCCCACUGAGUCAGACAGCCUGCACUCCUGAUCCUGGAUCAGUUGGUUUGGCAACUCCUUUUUCACACACUUAAGUUGUUAAAUUCGCUGCUUCUUGAUGAUGAUUCCAAGAUCUCUGAGCAAAUUGUAGUUGGUCCUUCAUUUGCGACGGCUGAUGUUUUUUUGUUCUUUCAAGACGGGGCUGAGAGAAGCGAGAUGAAUGACCAGAUAGUGCUGAAGGGCUGUUUGGUGGUUUUCUGUGACUCUUGUCCUGACCUGUUUGUUACCUUACCUCCGUAUAAGCAAUGUGUUGUUCUUUCAGGUAGAGGAGAUGUACAACAAAGCACAUGCCGCCAUUAGAGAGAACCCAGUCCACGAAAAGAAACCCAAAAAAGACGUCAAAAAGAAGAGGUGGGUUUGGUACACAGUUGCUGGCUUUUCAUUUGGGAACAUUUAGAAAUUGUGCAUUGGGGUAGUGCUUCUUUAUGAUGAUACGAAGUAUGCUGAGCAAAAUGUAGUUGGUCCUUCAUUUGCAACAGCUGAUGUCCAUUGUCCUUUCAAGACGGGGCUGAGAGAAGCGACUGAAUAUUGUAGAUCUGCUGGUAGCAUCAAAACAUUGAGCGAUCGGCCAUUAAUCUUGUUUGCUGUGCUGAUGGUUAAUGGGGGAUUGUUUUCUCUGUCGCAGGUGGAACCGCGCCAAACUCUCGCUGGCACAGAGGAAGGACCGCGUCGCCCAGAAAAAGGCCAGCUUUCUACGAGCACAGGAAGCAGAGGCGGCGGACGGUUAG